AUGCUAUGAUGGUGCAUUUGAGGACAUACUCUCUCGAUCUACCUACUUUUGGACUUCCAUGAGAGACCGUUAGAGGUGGAAAAUGGCUUUCCACUGAUUUCCGUGAGUUCUCCAACGAGAGAGCGGGAAAUAGAGAGACAGAGAGAAGGAACGCUCCAACCAGAAGCAGGAAAACGUGAGAACCCACGGGAAAUGCAAGGAAAUUUGUGAAAAUUGUGUGCCGUGGUGGCGUCUCGUUGAGUGGCAGCCAAGUAUCAUCUCUAUCGCGGUUGUGAUAUCUCUCACAGUGCUGGCGAUAAAUUGUGUGCUUCUGCCCAAAAGCAAAUUUUCGAGCGAUUAGUGUGAAAAGUGUGCACGGGGAUAUAUUCUGGUAGUUUUUCCGAGUUUACAGUUGUGAAAAAGUGGUUUUCGAAAUUGAUAUCGGCUGCAAACUAGCCAGGCGUGGUUUGUAAAUCCGAUUGACAAACUGGUUUGGCCAGAAAUCUUUUCACAAGUGCGUAUGUGAGCUAGGCGAAAGCCGAGAAUUCCUGAAGUGUACGAAUUAACUUGUCAAGAGGGCAAAAAGGCGAAUAUCGUGUGGAAAACCAGAAACUGCUCAAGUAGCUGCGGAUCGAAAAGACCAAGGAUAACCGCUGCUGUCAUUAAAUUGACCUGCUUCUGCUCCUCCGGAAGCGCCCGGCGUGGGACCACUCUCGAAAGGGUGAGCUAGACAGAAAAAAAAACUGGUUCCGGGAGGCAGCGAAAUAUGAGUGCCAUGCAUUGUUGUUCCCGUCUUGCAUCAUCAUCAUCGUCGUCAUCUUCUUCGAAUUGGUUACCAUCGUUGUCACAGAUCACAGGCAAUUAAAUCAUCCCCCCUCAGCGCCCUAGCACUCGUUAGCUGGGUCUGUUUUGUGGAUAGUGUAACUCUACUAAUUGGAACGUUGAGGAACGGAGUUGAGACGCUCUGCUUUUCUGUAACGGGGUAACCCGUUGGAAGAAGAAGACCGAACAAGAAGAAGAAGAAGAAGAAACAGUAUUUUGCGAAUCUGGUAUAGUGUAUUUCUUGUGUGAACCGGUGCACCAGGAGGGUUGUUCAAAUACGUCGUUCUACGCUUUACGGUGUAACCGUAACAAAACACGUGCUUACCGGGGAUCGUGACUUUGGUUGAUUAGGCUUUCAGCUGCGACCAACCAGUGUCUCGGACUGGUCGGAUUGAAUAUAAGAAGAAGAAAAAAGAAGAAUAACUGAGCGAGACACCCUGUGAGCUUGUACGACAUCAUCUCACUCUCUCUGGACGAACCCGCGUCGUAACAUUAUUGAAGUGUGGAGGCGUGUUCCUUCGACGACGACGGCGACGCCGGGGACAGUAUUCUGUGUAUUGAGUGAAGUCGUCGUGUGUCCAGGGGGUUUGAAGAAAACGUGAUUAAUUGUCUUUUAGUUUGGUGUUUAGCGGAUCGUAACCGGGUGAAUUACGUGCCAUUGAGGAAUUACCGCAGCUGCUGGGUUCAGUGAAGUAAGCAGAUAAACGUAAAGAAAGCAAUCAGAAAAAAAACAAACCGUUUGGAAAAAGGGGGCAGAGAACCCACUUUUGUGUUUAGUGUUUUUUGAAAGUUCCGGCAAAAUUUUUGCCAACAUAGUUAACGAAAUGGCUGCACAGCCAGUGUGUACAAGAUUUUCAGACAAUUAUGAAAUAAAGGAAGAGUUGGGAAAGGGAGCAUUCUCGAUAGUGAAACGAUGCGUUCAAAAGUCAACUGGAUUUGAAUUUGCUGCCAAGAUAAUCAACACAAAGAAACUGACAUCGAGGGAUUUCCAGAAGCUGGAACGGGAAGCCAGGAUAUGCCGGAAGUUGCAGCACCCAAACAUUGUAAGAUUGCAUGACAGUAUUCAGGAGGAAAAUUACCACUAUCUGGUGUUCGAUCUGGUGACCGGUGGAGAGCUGUUCGAAGACAUUGUUGCACGUGAGUUUUAUUCAGAAGCAGAUGCAUCACAUUGUAUACAGCAGAUCUUGGAGUCUGUUAAUCACUGCCACCAUAAUGGUGUUGUACAUCGGGAUCUGAAGCCAGAGAAUUUGCUCCUAGCGAGCAAGGCCAAGGGUGCGGCUGUUAAACUGGCCGAUUUCGGUCUGGCUAUUGAGGUUCAGGGUGACCAGCAGGCUUGGUUCGGAUUCGCCGGUACGCCCGGCUAUCUAUCACCGGAAGUUCUGAAGAAGGAACCGUACGGUAAAGCCGUCGAUAUCUGGGCUUGUGGUGUCAUCCUGUACAUUCUGCUGGUCGGUUAUCCGCCAUUCUGGGAUGAAGAUCAACAUCGACUGUACGUUCAGAUCAAGGCUGGUACCUAUGAUUAUCCGUCCCCCGAAUGGGACACUGUAACGCCCGAGGCGAAGAACCUAAUCAACCAAAUGUUAACAGUUAACCCCUACAAACGAAUUACGGCCGCCGAGGCGCUCAAACAUCCCUGGAUCUGCCAACGGGAACGUGUUGCUUCCGUUGUGCACCGACAGGAGACCGUGGACUGCUUGAAGAAGUUCAACGCCCGACGCAAGCUCAAGGGUGCUAUCCUCACUACGAUGCUUGCUACCAGAAAUUUCUCCAGCAAGAGUAUAAUGGCCAAGAAGGGAGAUGGUUCGCAGGUCAAGGAAUCGACCGAUUCAUCGAGCACCACCGUCGAAGAUGAUGACUGCAAAGCCCGACGACAGGAAAUCAUCAAAAUCACCGAACAGCUCAUCGAGGCAAUCAACAAUGGUGACUUUGAGACGUACACCAAAAUCUGCGAUCCACAUCUAACCUCGUUCGAGCCGGAAGCUCUCGGCAAUCUCAUCGAAGGUAUGGACUUCCACAAGUUCAACUUUGAAAACGUACUGGGCAAGAGUAGUAAAGCUAUCAACACCACCAUCUUGAAUCCCCACGUUCACAUCUUCGGCGAAGAUACGGCUUGCAUAGCUUACGUACGGCUUACCCAGUACGUCGACAAGCAGGGGCAUCCUCACACUGUGCAAACGGAGGAGACACGGGUGUGGCAUAAGAAAGACAACAAGUGGCAGAACGUGCACUUCCAUGGCAGCCGAAAUGGCAGUUUCAGCAACACGGCAACGCAAUACGACUUUGUGAAUCACAAAUAAACUGGUACUUAUAACUGUUGAACACGACCCGGUGGUGGUUCUCCGGCUGUAAAAGAUAAAACUCUUGGAGCGAAAGGUAGUUAAAAUCUUUAAAAUAGAUUCAAAACUCUCGAAUACAACAGAUGCUGGUAUAUGGUGGUGAAUAAAAAGAAGAAAAAAAUCGCAUGCGGAGAGUUAAAAAUAGCGAAGAUUUUUUUUGUUUACUUUGUAAUUAAGAUAAUAUAAAACUAUGCUUGUUCGUUACAGAAAUAAUUAAAAUUAAAUAGUUUUAUGAUUCUAAUAUCACUGUAACCAAAAAAACCAAACGAAAUCAACAGAAACUAAUCAACAUCCGACAUAGGUUUGCCAAUGAUAACAAACGAUCAGGCUAGUGAAACUGUGUGCGGUAUUGUUUUAAUCGAAUCCUAUGAUUUCCCAAUCAGAAAACAAAAAAAAACUAACCGAUUUGAUGAAUGGUGCAUCCAAGAAAACCAAAAACAAAACCAGAGGCCAUAUUUUCCUAGAGAAUAGAAACAGUCGACAAUUUUAAAAGAAAACGCCAACUGACACAAGUUAAAACAAAACAUUCACUGAAACACUCAUAAAACGAACAUUACACCUAUAGAAAUCAAUGACACAAAUUGUCGGUGGAAAAUUGUUAAAUCAUUCGAAUGGUCACAAGCGGAGAAUCAAGCAACAAAUCGAAGCAAGAAAUUAUGCAAUUUUUUAUCCUUACUAUUUCAAAUCGUAUAGUAAUGCCAUCUAUUGUUGAUGAAGCGCCCGAGAGCGAGUUAAAAAAAAAACAGUUAAAAGAUACACCAAAAAGUUAUACAUUGACAGUUUUCGUAACAAUAUAUCUCUCUCCCAAGUUUUUCCAAGUAUAUAAAUUUCUCAAGUUUCUCUCUAUUAUUCAUGUUUUAUAAAAGAAGAUUAACAAACAAAAAAACAAAGAAAAGCAUAUUGAAGGUGGAUAAGAAUUGAAACAAAUACCAAUCAAAUAACAUCCCUCACGUUUACACUCACACAAUUCAUGCAUUCAUUCGUUACACACGUUUGUUCACCCACAACAUUUUUGAGAAACAAGAAAAAAUCGUUAGAAGAUGAUAAAAUCAAGUGGUACGCCAUACAUAGGAACGCGUGAAUAGAGUACUUAAAACCAUUCAAUAACAAAAAAAAAACCCUUUGAAUGCUCUCUAUAGAAAUCCAAACAAACAAAAAAAAAGCAAACGAACAAAACAACCAAUCACAACCAACCAAACCCACAAAAUUCUGUGUGAGAGUGAGAAAAUAUAAGACUUUACAUUUGAAAUCACAGAGAGAAACAAAUACAAAUAAAAGUAGGCAAACAUUCAACAACAUUAAAGCACUAGACGACGACGAAGACAGGACCCUUCUCGGUGGAAGAUACACAUAUAUCAAGAAAAACCCAAAAACUGAUCAAAGUAAGCUGUGAACACGGAAGGAACGAUCGACGAAGAAACGAGAGCUCGAGCCUAAUCUUAGAGAAGCUUACACCACUGACGACGACAGAAAGAGAAAAAACUAGCAAAAGCAAAUUGAGCAAACAGCAGCAUAAACCACCUAAAAAAAACAAACAACAACAAACAGAACCGAAAGCCGAAUAGUAAGACCUAUUUUCCAAAGUAAAGAUAGUAAACACCGCAUCUUACUCUAAACAACAAAAAAAACAUCGUCGCCAUAUUAGAUAGAAUCGUUUAUAUACAUACUUAAUGCAAAACAAGAAGAAAAAAGCAACUAUUUUACGCGCAUAUUUGUAAUAUAUGACACAACAACACUGUGGAACUACUGCUAACUGGGAGAACGGAGCGUUUUGUGGAUAACAAAGCAAGCAGUACAUGGACUCUCUUUCUCCGUACACAUGAGGACAAGGACAAGCGCGAGUUAAGUGUCGAAACGAACCAAGGUCAAGCGUAGUGUGGCGUUUAGUAGUUUAGCGAAUCCGAACAAAAAAAAAAGAAAAAAUAUUGAUAAUUGAUCCUACUAAAGUGGAAUGUGUAUAAGAAUGAAUUUUCUCUCUUUUGAAUGUUUAAACAAGAAAACAAAUCAACAAACAAACAACAACAACACGUUAAACGGAAUUUAGAGCGCACCGCCAGAUGGACGGUGUGGACGGUCCUUGCGGGACUUUACCGGAUGAUCUCUUUCUUUCUUAUCUAUCGAUAGACGAAGUACUACUUACUUUUGGUGUAGAGACGGAACAAAUACAGACAGAUUCCACACAAACACAGCUUAUCCCCAGCUUACCCACACACAUCGACAUUUUCUAUUGAGGACCGUGCAUGGUUCCGAAGUUCCUGAUUUGUUCUAUGUACUUAUGAAUAUGUUCAACGAAGUAACGUAAAAAAUUUCUCAAUACGAAGGUCGCGGUGAAAACGAGAAAGGUUUGAGUAACAUCCAGAUAUACUGAUUAGUAGAAUUCCGGUAACGUUUCUUUUGACUCACCAAAGUGAAUUAAAAGUCAUGUCAACCAUAGUCAGUAACUGAAGCACAUCAAUUAAAUCAAAGUCUACUUGGAUGGAAGAUCGCCAGUACAAGUAUAGGACAAGACAUCUCUCUGAUGUUGCUAGUUAAGUUGGCGUCGAAAAAUUCUGUCAGCGAAAUCCUCCCGCGAGGUCAACCAGAAUAACGAAACCAGAAAAAAGUGGUCGUCGUAGGAUAUAAUCGAAAACAGCUCAGUAGAAAAUAGACGCCGCCCACGCAGGAAUUUGUUGUGUUGUUUGCGUUUCUUCUUGUACUUUGUCUUUGAGUUGAGUAGCACUGAAUUGGUGGAAGCAGGGCGACAUUAAACCACCGUUCAUUAUUUUGUUUCGAGACCUUUCACCGCGAUUAGGGUCAGCAGCUCUCGGAAUCGUCCUAGAAGGCCACUGCGGCAACAAAUUGAACUGUCAUUGUGGCUUCUGUUUAGCAUGGUUAUCAAUGGCGAUGACAGUGUUAGGUUUUUUAAAAAAAAAAAAACUUGUCUCGAGGAUGUUGAAUUCUAACCAACUUGUUUCUUGAUCCAGUAUUAGGGUCUAGUAAAGUCCUUAUUCACCCACUCACUCGAAGUGACAAGAUGGCUAACAGUUUUACUACCAUAUUCCUACAAAUAAGAGCAUACUUAGUUCGGUUGGCAGUUUGAGGUUAGAUUAGAGUGACACACUCUGAUUAGAUGUUGUGGAGUGUGCCUCUUACCAAAACAACAAAUAGAGCCAGGGGUAUUAAAUUGAAUUUGUGUACUUUGGAUGAGCGAGCGUCUUUCUUCUGCCUGUCCUGUCACAAUGGGCACUAAUCGAAUAGAUAAGUUUGGUUUGGGUGAUGUCGUUCGUACCGAAAAGCAAGCCUGCCGGAAUUAGCCUGCGUUGUUGGUGGGAAUCUCAGCAUGUGGGCAAGUGUUAAGAUCCUGAUUAGUUUACCACCACCCUGUCACUGGUGGAUACCGGCUGAAGAUCCUUCUCUGCUUGCUGAUGAAGCAGAAAGGAAGGAAGAUGAAUCAGUGCGUGGUCAUGAUAACUGACAGCUUGGCCUACUUCGUUCGAGUUUCUGGUGCCAAGCUGUGGGCGCUGGGAGGAGCCAAUCAAGUGUCAAAUUCAGAUUGAACAUGAUAAAUAUUGACACAGCUGAAGCAUCGUUGUUGGCUGUCAUCAAAUGAGGCUCCACCCGAGAAGAAAGUAUCCAACAAUGUGGCAAAAUUGAACAAAUCAAAGUUUUAUUUUAAGAAAAUAAUCAACGGAAAAUUUAUUGAAGAAGAAAUAAACACAUUAAGUCGUCACCAGAGGUUUUUCAAAAAGUGUGGUGGUGGUGGGGGUAAUUCUUCUCAGAACAAAGUUUUCAAAGCUCGUAGAAAAUGAUGAACGUGCACGCGUCCAAAUGGAAAUGGGAAUCAAUCUUCCGGGGAAGCCAACCAGCCGGAACAAACCAAAUUAGUGGAUCGGGGUCGAGUUUUCAAGGGGUCGGGAAACACCACGGCUUGCGGAAUGUGGAAUCGAGGAAACUAUCCCCAAGAACAACAAUCGAAAGUGCAAAGGAAACACACUCGGGAGCGAGCAGAAAAUUCCGACAACGUGUGCCGGAUUACACGGAAGAAUGCGUGUGGGCUGAGAGCGACCACUGCUGAAAUUUCAUCGGUUCAAAGAUUCCAAGAAAUUCAUGGAUGAAUCAGCACCGGAAACAGCACAACAGUUCGAGAAAACGCCCGGUGUUAUCGGAGAUGGUGGAGCAGUGGUGCCGUUUCCACAAAUUACCGCCGCCAGCUCUAUUGGACCUCCAGGGAAGUCCCUCCGAUGAUGCGAAACGUUAUCCGGAGAACAGCUCCGAUUUAUUGUGCUUGUUGUGUUGUAACAUCGAACCGUAAAUAAUUUAUGGUUCUCGUCGAUUUACUGCUGCCGCCACCCACCGAUGGACACCGCCGUUUUUCCAAGAGCAGCUCACCGCAGUGACGACUUUAAGGCUGUUUAGAAUCACCAGUCGGAGUGUGAUAAACCGGGUGGACCUGGCCUCUCCACACGCACCCAGUAGCAGCUUCAGCCCCAUUGCAAACAUCAAAUGUCGUUUUUCUUCGGGGAAAUAUUUCCCACGUGAGUGCGUUACAGAUAGGACCGUGUCCGUUCGUGUACGGUCAGGAUUUCUGGUCCUUCCAUCGCUAGAGACGACGUACGAUAUGACAUCCAAUGGAUUGUUCAACCAAGAGCAAUGGCAUUUAAGUUUUGUAUUUAGCUAGCCAACCCGGGAAGGAGGGUCGGUCGCACAUAUGUUGGAAUCUGUUCCGACCGAUCAAACAUCCGGUCAGGAAUCCGACACGACAUGAGCAAACCGUGUGCAGUGUACACACAAACACGAUUUUUCCAUUAACUUCCAGCCUCCGGCAUCCACCACCAGGCGACUUCCGCGGACCAUCUUCUAGACUAGAGGGUUCAUAAGAUUAAAGACCUUCCAGGACCGAUCUCUCUCCUCGAGGGUGAUUCCGGUGGCUAUCAGAACGGACAAAGUCUAACACCCUCAGAGCUUCCAGGGAAAGCUGGGAAUCGCUGUUAUUGUUGUGUUUUCUUCCUAGAGAGCACGCUUGGCAUGUGCGGCUUGCUUCCGGAAAAAUGUGGCAACAACAGAAAACACCUAUUCGCUCGCUUGAUAUUGAGACCCAUUGUUCGUCGGGCAGUUAGUUUGGAUUAGCGUUCGUUCGGUGUUCAAAAUUAAUUUCUCAGGCGCUGUCAGCGUGAUUAAUUUUACGAGUAGAAGUUUCGCCAUAUUGAAAACAUGAUUAACAGAAGAGAAAGGAUCAAGUGACUAAGGCUAUAUGCCUAUUGCUCCUCCUGUUUGAGAUGCCGAAAAAGACUAAGGCAAACUUUUCUCCAAUAAAACACACUGACAUUUUAAGUCAACUUCCCGAGGCACAUCAUUUCUAAUAACGCUAAUGGACCCAGGCUGCAAAACUUUCGGACCCGAUUCGAUGAGUUCACUAACUUAUGUCGACAACAUCAGAGCCGAAAAGCCGAAAUCUGCCGCAGUCCUCCAACAACGGAAAAAAGAGAAAAUUAAUUACUUUUUUCCUUCGCUGAAAGAAGAAACCCCUUUUGCCAAAUGGGUGCGAGUUUCUCUUGAAUUCAAUACAGGCGGAAAAACGAGCAGUUAAUAAAGGUUUUUCCUUGUUGCUCUCACCCCCGUGCCAUUAUUAUAUCGGAGGAGAUGAUUGAUUUUUCAAGGGUUUCAUUAGACCAAGGGUAAAAUGAGAAUAAGGCAAACACACAUAUUUCGGGAAAGGAGAUUCGUUAACCGAAUUUCCCAGCUCGCUUGGCCCUGUCAUAAUCCGAAAAACGUGGAAUAUUUGACCCUGCGCUAGGGAAAGGUUCCGGAGAUCCGAGCUUGCUAUUAUCACCGGGUCUCCGUAGCUUUUGCAACAAGUUAAAAAUUAUUAGGAUUUUUAAACCCCGCGCAUGCUGCUCAGGAGGAAACGACCUCAAGGUCAUUGUUUCAAGUGCCUGUGGGCGAAAGAGUGCUGCCAAUCUGUGACAUAGCUAAUCGUUGCAAACGACAGGCCCCCAUAGAGUAAAAUAAUGAGAAAACUUUCGAACGCGUUCGUCUUCUGACGGAGUCUUCGACGAUUGAAACUUUCCCUUUUCCUGUACGAUUUGGUAUGUUUAACUUAUUUUGCAUAAUUUAAAAAUUAUCACAAUUAUCAGAUUUAAAUUUAUUUCGUAUUGUCUAAAAUAACAACAUUAGACUGCAUUUUUAUUUAAAAGCAUUUUUUUUUUGAAGUUUUUAGUGAUAAUCAUUUAUUUCAGCUUUUGAAAGUCACCUUCAGUGUAGACUCAGCAUACUUCAGAAACGAAAACACAUUCUCUUCGAUUAACAUAAAAUACCACCAUUCGAAAACACAAUGAGGCAAGCAAUAUCAGUAAAUACAUGCAAACUUUUACGGCCACCGAUGCAAUAAACGAAGCAUAAUCAAUAACAAUCAAUAUGUAUCAGUAUAGAAUGUGCCAAACAAAUCAACAACAAACACACCCGAAUGAAUGCAAAACAGCGAGGCAAAUGUUUACGAUGCCCUCCUAGUGUUUGGUUUUUUCCCUUCUAAUAAACAAUAGCUACCUAUAUAACAGGAAAUUGGUCGAAGAUUCUUUUAUCCGGAAAUAAUAGCCAGAGUGCGAAAAUGCGACGAUGGAAAUCAUAAAAAAGGAAUGUUUUGAGUUACUUACCUAUAGCCAAUCACUGUUAAAUUUAAGCUGCCGCCCUACGUUCAAAUUCCAUAAAAAUACACAAACACAAUCAUACCAAAACAGACCCAAACACACGCAAGUCAAUAAAAAAAAAUACACGUAGGAAAAUAUCGCACUGCACGUGCUGUGUGCGUUGCUUGAAUUCCGAAACAAUUCUAAGAAUUUCUGAAGGAUGGAGAAAUGUCGUUAGGCGAUAUGGUAAAUCGAUUUUCGUUCCGGGUCCCGUUUGGGAUCAUUAGUUACGUGUUUUGAAAUAGGUUGAUAAAUAGGUAGGUUUGUAGAAGAGUUCGCCGGAAAACUCAUCGACACCAAGACGACGCCAUAUGUCCACACUGAGCCAAUUGAGCUGAUAGCUUUCGAUUGAUGGCGCUCCGAAUCCGAAUAUUUAAAAGAAACAAACAUAGAAAAUGCAGCACUAAACUUUCCAACCUUUUGCACGUUCAAAUGCCCCCUUUUCAAACCUAUAGACAACACGUUAAAAAUUGAAUAACAUUUUUUUCGGGUAACGUAUGGAAUUAAGUGACAAGAACAAAUCCCUCCCUUUAUCGAACAAAAUCAAAACAAACAAGCCCUGACAAAUGAUAUGUAUUGCUUGCCAUCUCGAAUCCAAACUUUAAAGCAAAGUUAAAAUAACACACAACAAACUGCAAAUCUAAAGAAACUAGACAAACAAACGAGAAAUAAUCAUACUGUGGAAGUCUCUUCGCAAAACGAAUAGUUAUAGUAGCGUGGUAUACAUAUGUAUAUUUUUUCGAAUGUUCGUUUAUGAUCACUCAAACACACUUGUUAUUACAUGCAGUUUUGAAUUGUGUAACAAACAAUGCGGUUCUAGGAAUCAUACAAAACAAAAGUAGAAAACUUUUGCCCUACCCUAAACUUACCAGAGCUUAGCACACAUCCCCCCCCCCCCCCCCCCCCCCAUCUUUACGAUCCAAUCAGUUCAAUUUUAAACGAGGUAUUCGCAUUCGAAACCAACGGAGGAAUGUCACCAAAUCUGCAAGAGCACGCCGAGUGAAGCUUUUGUUGAAUCUUUUAACGAAAAGUUUAAUUGAGAGUCGUACAAGGAGAAAGAAUCUAAACAUCUCUCUUUUUUUAGGUAAUUCUCAAGCCGGUCAAUUGGAAACAUUCACUUUCAGGAUUAACUUCAAUCGAUCGAGAAGCAUUUCGAAAGUCUGUCGAUCGUCAAGUUUCAGAAAUCCCUUUCGGUUCAGAAGCUUACUUGAGACAUAGUUCAUUAUUUCACGAAUUAAAAAAGCUAACUGAGCUUAAUUUGGAAAGGAGAUUUCUCUAAAUUUCAUGAAAAACCGCUCUGGCUCGUUCAAACAGCUCUGGCUCUGAGCUUUUUCGUCUUCGCAAGGUACAGUUCCACCAAUGUUGUCAGUCUGGAGCAAUCCGCGUCUGACAUUUACUUCAAACUCUAAUAAUCCAUUUUUGAACAUGGAUGUGAUUAUCGCUUAAUUUUGCAAUUUGGCUGUUAUGAUCCAAAUGAAGUACUAGCCUUCUUCAAUGUUUCCACGUACCUGAACCACCAUCAACUUCUCUUGAAAGUUGUUUGAUCUUCACUCGGAAGCUUCAAUUUCGAAAACCGGAACCUCCAUUAAACUGCAAAAUUCACUGACCCGUUUUUAGGACUUGUAAAGUCAUUAAAAAAAAUGGUCUUCUCUCAAAGAAGAUUGUCAGGAGAGGGGUAAAAAUAUUUGACAAUAUUUGAACAUGUCAUUUCGUUACGAUUGCUUUCGAAGGCUCCUUGGAUAGCUUUUGAAUUUGCGCAGUUCAAUACUUUAUGCAACUACAAUGCAAUAUUUUCUGAAGAGCAAGUUCACUGGUGUUGGGAAAAAGUGGUAGAAAUUUACAGCACUGUUUCUAUUUCAGCCGUAUGUGAUAGAAAUAUGGCUAUUUUUGCAUCACAGCAGGCGAAACUACAACACGUGUUGUUAAAAAACUUGAAGGCCACAGAUCUUGAAAAUGUUUUUGCAUGCAAAAUUUUCAAAAUGUGCUUAAAGUGACAAAAUUUCUACCACUUUUUUCCCAACACCAUUGAACUUGCUCUAACACCUACAAAAAAUAGUAUGUAAACACCACUCUAAAAAGUCAGUUUUCAAAUCAAAUCGAUUCAUUGUGCCAGAAUCUCUCCAACAGUAUCGAAACUCUCAAUUACUUUUUUAUUGAUUUCGAAAGCGUCACACGGCAGAUUCACGGGAAACAAACUGGUAUUGUUGAAUCCCUUUUGAUCGCCUGUCAGCCCACUACAGAAAAGAUUGAAGGAAUUAGGGCCGUGGAUCGAAACUAUUUAGACCCUAGAGAAAAAUGAUCGGUUGCUUAAACAAUUUUGAAACCCGAAUAAAACCAAAGGGGCUGUUCAGUUAUCCUUUCUCCACAGUGUGGUAUCCCUCCUUCCGUACAGACAAAGAUAGCAAUGGUGCCACUGACACAAACCAAAGUCGAAAACCGGAAAACAGCCGGCUUCGUCAGCAACUCUCGAGAUUGGAAUUAUUGAUCCUUUAUAUAAAGUUUGUGAAUUAACAGCUAUGAGAAUACACGAAAUCGUUGAAAAUUAACUGAAGGAUAAACACAAAUUAAAUCUAGCAUUUUUUUUAAUUUUUAAACGUGACCAUAUAUAAACAAGUAACAUCACUAAAAAAAAUGAAAUAUUUAUAUGUAAAAGUGCGUGCAUUUGUAUUUGUAUUUUGUCUCUUUGAAAGAAAUACUUAAAAUAUAUUAGAAGAAAAAAAAUUAACAUCUCACAGAAAAUCGAGAAAACAGCAGUAGGAAUCCAACUCUUUGAAAAGAAGAAAAAAAUGUAUGAGUGAACCCUGAAAAGAGCAGACAGUUUCGAGUUAAGAAUUGGUGAACGAAGGAAACAGCGAUGAUGGUGAUUACUACUAGAAAAAAAACUAAACCUACUAUAGAUAAUAAUAAUUCACAACUACAGCUGCAGAAACAAAAAAAACCGAAAAAAUUACACCUACGCAAAUGCAAUGAAAAACAAAGCUAUCUCUCUCUCUCUAUCAUCAUAGCCAUAUUGAACGAAAAAAAAAAACAUUCACAUACAUACACGCAUACAUGUUUAAGAAGAAAUAGAAGUGAAAGUCGAUUAAAAGAAGCAACUGUAAGCAGAUAAAACGCGAAAAUAGCACCCCUAACAAUACACAGCCAGCCGAAAGAACGAAAGAAAAUAAACAACAAAAAUCCAUAGAAAAACCAAAACGAACGCUGACGAACAAUAGACGCAAAAUAGAUAAACAAUGAAAUUAAAGAUAAAACAACAAAAAACACAAAACUAAAUCAGCUGGGACGAAUUCAUCACCAAGUAGACAACCUUACAUCACUGUUCAGCAAAGAACGAAAAAAAAAACUCGGCGUAGCGUCAUGUCUCGGCAUCAGGUGUGUGUGAGAGACAAACUCUCACAGCAGCAUAACAAUGCAAUUGGGGGUACGCGAAAGGCAACUGUCCAAGAAACAGCGAUAGUGACAGCGAGGAGAAUUAAAAUUGAGAAGAAACAACACACUCACACACCCAUAAACACACACACACAUAAUAUUAAAUUUAAUAUUAAAUUAUAUAUGAACAUGCAAGUAAAAACAAAAGAAGAAAAAAAA